GUUUGCCAUUGCGGUUUUGUGUUUGUCACUGUUUUCCUAAGACGUCAAACGACUACACACACAACAGUAACAAAAAAGAAACUUUAUUUGUGUUAAAUUCUCGUUGAAAUAUCGCGGAAAAUGCGUUUCGUAUACAAAGAAGAGUAUCCCUUCGAAAAAAGGAAAAUCGAAGGGGAGAAAAUCAGAAGGAAAUACCCGGACAGGGUGCCAGUGAUUGUCGAAAGGGCACCCCAAGCAAAAAUUGGGGAUGUCGACAAGAAAAAGUACCUGGUCCCGUCUGACUUGACGGUGGGCCAGUUCUACUUCUUAAUCAGAAAGAGGAUCCAUUUGAGACCCGAAGACGCUCUGUUCUUCUUUGUUAACAAUGUGAUUCCUCCUACAUCUGCUACUAUGGGCUCCCUAUACCAAGAACAUCACGAAGAGGAUUUCUUCCUAUACAUUGCCUAUUCUGACGAGAACGUUUAUGGACAGUAAAUGAACCUUUCUAGGAUGUAAAAUUACAUGUAAUCUUACUAAAAUAUGAAUCUAUGAUGAAAUUUUAUUUUUUCCGCAUCUAUAGUAUACUAUCAAACUAUGUAUUUAAAUUUAUCGUAAGUACCCUCACAUUAUGGGCUAAAUAUGUGAUUUCCAGCAUCUCGAUGUCAAGGGAAGUCCAAUACUGCACCCGCUGUACUUUUAUGUUUAUAAUUGAUGCAAAUUAAAUAUGAGCUACUAUAUUG